AUGGUAACGGAUGUGAGUAACCUGAUGCCCGUGAGAGCCGUGCACGUGAACGAGAGCCCGGGUAGUCCUCACUGCCAUACGGACACAUGUGUUUGGGGGACUUCGGAAACCCGGACCCCCACAGCUGACCACAUCACCCCCACAUUGCCCGGACCCCCACAGCUGACCACAUCACCCCCACAUUGCCCGGACCCCCACAGCUGA